UGCCUACUGGCACUCUGGCAGUACCAUAGAAAAAAUUAGAAAAAAUUUUUAGAAUUUUUUCGGGAUCUUUUGAUUCAACUUAUUUUUAGAAGAUUAAACAGUUUCUCAGAGUUUGUAAUCUAACCUGGUAAGCCGAGAGAACGCACGGUGGGGUGGACCGGUUAUUCUGUUUCGACUUCCUAUCUAUGGUGGUUGAGGGGACUCACAUGAGCCUCACUCAGUGUUUUCGGAGCUGCCGUCGACUCGUCGCAGACGAUCAUCUGGUCCUGGUGGCUAGCAGUGGGUUCCCUCGUCCACCGAUGCGAGAGGUGAUAGCUGGCCAUGGCAAACAAGACAGCCAAAGAAGCGGUGUCAAUUCGUGGAACUGAUCCGCAGAAACUGAUCGAUCACAUUAUCCGUACGCGAAUCUAUGAUUCAGUUUACUGGAAGGAGGAAUGCUUUGCCUUAACUGCGGAGUUAAUUGUGGACAAGGCUAUGGCGCUGCAAUACAUCGGUGGUAUGUAUUCGGGAAACGCCAAGCCAACACCGUUCCUUUGCCUGGUCCUAAAACUGCUGCAAAUCCAGCCCGAAAAGGAAAUCAUCCAUGAAUUCAUACAGAAUGAGGAAUUCAAGUAUGUGCGCGCCCUGGGAGUAUUUUACUGGAGACUUGUGGGAGUUUCGAAGGAAGUCUACGAAGAACUGGAACCGAUUUACAAAGACUACAGAAAACUGUUAUACAUGGACAAAAUGGGGAAGUUCGAGGUUGUACAUAUGGACGAACUAAUUGAUAAUCUCUUGCACAUGGAGCGCUAUUGCGACGUAAUCCUUCCCGUAAUGCAGAAGCGCAUCGUGUUGGAAGAGAACAACUUAAUAGAACCGCGGGCCAGCGCUCUGGACGAUGAGCUGCACGGGCUGCAGGCACAGCGGGAGCAGCGCUUCGAUGAUCUGGAGCGGCCGCCCAUUCCCAAAAAGCCUCCCAUCGUCGGACCCCUGCCGUUACGCGCUCGCUCAUCGUCCUCCUCUUCCAGUUCGUCCAGCUCUUCUUCCAGUUCUAGUGAAGACGACAAACGCCGGAAAAAACCAACAGUAACCGUUCGGCGGCGCAGCCGAAGUCGAUCGCCACUACCACGCCGGCGCGAGUCGCCCGGACGCGGACGCGACCGACAGGGUCACGAACGGCGACGUUCCAGGUCGCAUUCCAGGGACAGAUAUCGUCGAGACGGACGGGACAACAGAAAGCGUAGUCCUGAUAGGCGAAAUAAAUACUGAAUUGUUUUCACUAGGUUUUCUGGACGUUCAUAUUUCUUUUCUCACAUUUGCACGAAUGCUUUAGAUGUAAACGCGCUUGUCAUGCAUCUGUUGUUCUUUGUUACUCUUAUACGUUGUAUCUAUACUACUCUAGUUUGACUUUAUGUAAUUAGUAGAUUCGCGAAUAACUAUGUAAUAACUACUACUAUGUAAUUAGUAGAUUCACGAAUAACAAGAGUACAGUAAUAAUUUUGGUUUCUACUUUCUUGCAAUUUUAUUGCAUUGCAGAAUUGUGUACUUACGAUUAUUACUUGUACUUACGAAUAAAUCCUCA